CCCUGCCGCCGCGGAGUUGCGCGGAGGCGGAGGCUUGGGUGCGUUCAAGAUUCGGCUCCACCCAUAACCCACCGCCGUGGCCGAGGAAGGCAUUGCUGCUGGAGGUGUAAUGGACGUUAAUACUGCUUUGCAAGAGGUGCUGAAGACCGCCCUCAUCCACGAUGGCCUCGCGCGUGGAAUUCGCGAAGCUGCCAAAGCCUUAGACAAGCGCCAAGCCCACCUUUGUGUACUUGCGUCCAACUGCGAUGAGCCUAUGUACGUCCAGUUGGUGGAGGCUCUUUGUGCUGAACACCAAAUCAACCUAAUUAAGGACUAUGGCAAAGAGUCUCAGGCAAAGGAUGUCAUCGAGGAAUACUUCAAAUGCAAGAAAUGAACAAAUAAACUUGGC